AUGGGUGUAGGAGGUGCUAUGCUUCAGCUGGGUCGAUUCCACCAACUAUUUCGUCCCGUUGUUCAGACUGUAAAGCGGCAUUCGCAUGAAGAGAUUAAAGUCUAUUAUCGUGAUCAUACACAUUUUGAUGAGAAAUCAGAGAGGGCUUUUCGCAUCAGCAGUACAAUAUUUUGGGCCUGGAUUUCGUACCACUUCAUUAAUAACUGGGAAGUGCUAAUCGGACAUGAUCCCCACCCAAAGAGGGAGUCUUUCACAGAUGCCGAGCUUGGUGUGGAAUGA